UAUAUGUACUGUUUUCUUUCCUUGCCUUCUCAUCGGUCGUUCACUUGUUUUAAUUUGGCCUACUUGUUUAUUGUUCCUAGUUUAACACCCAUUUAAAUCCCUACCAGAUGUAGUGCGUUAUCAAGACUUAUUUUUAAUUAAAACACAACAUCACACUGCAAAAUGCCUAGCAUGAGAAAGUAUCGAAGGGACACCAGCGAAGUCAGCUGUUGUUUGAAAUAUGUUAUAUUUGGUGUAAAUGUAUUGUUCUGGUUCCUUGGUUUAAUCGUACUGGCCGUCGGAGUGUGGGCGUGGACUGAGAAGGACACCUUCAACAAUCUCUCCCGACUUACUAAUAUAGCACUCGAUCCUGCUUUUAUAUUAAUAUGCGUUGGGACGAUAACAUUCAUAAUUGGCUUCACUGGUUGCGUGGGCGCGUUGCGUGAGAACACAUGCUUACUGGCCUGUUAUGCAGUAUUCCUUGCUCUAUUGCUGCUGGCGGAAAUGACAACGGGAAUACUGUUCUUUGUUUUUAAAGAUUGGAUCAAACAACAAGCUACAAGUGGUUUCCAAACGUUUAUCGCGCACUACAGAGAAGAUCCUGAUCAGCAGAACCUGAUAGACUGGAUUCAGGAAGAUUGGUUACAAUGCUGCGGCGUAGAGGGUCCUUCGGACUGGGACCGCAACGCCUACUUCAACUGUUCGAGCGGAGCCGUCGGCUCGAGAGAGGCUUGCGGCGUUCCCUUCAGCUGUUGUAGGAGCAAACCGCAGGACAUCAUCAGGAAUAAGCAGUGCGGGUAUGACGUUAGGAAGCGGACUUAUCAAGUAAGCGAGCGCGUGAUUCACGAACGAGGCUGCCUAGCGGCGGGAGAAGAUUGGCUCCAAAGGAAUUUCGUCCCUGUCGCCGCGGUCAUUCUGGGCCCGCUGGCUUUGAAGGUUUUACAAAACUUUGACGUAGCUAAGAUAAUAUAUGACAAGGGCUGCUUAGAGGCCGCCGAGGAGUGGUUUGACCACAACCUGUUGAUUGUAGCCACAUCCGCUGUUUGUACUGCUUUUGCACAAAUAUUGGGAAUAUGCUUCGCUCAAAAUCUGCGCGCUGACAUCUUCGCGCAGAAAGCGAAAUGGCACUGACAAUCAGCCUCUCCUGCCGCCGUGUGACGCCGCCCGCGCCGCACGCGCGACCCCUAUGGACUACUCUACGCGCGCACGUAACACAGUUUGAAUUUGAAUUUAGAACCCUUCUCAGUUCCUCCUAAUGUUUUUUUUCUCUUGGCUUCCUAAAGAUGUACAACAUGCCAGUUUGAAUUUGAAUAUAGAACCCUUCUCAGUUCCUUCCAAAGAUUUUUUUCUCUUGGCUUCUAAAAUAUUGAAUGCCAACCAGUUUGAAUUUGAAUUUGGAACCCUUCUCAGUUCCUCCCAAAGAUGUUUGUUUUUUUGUCUUGGCUUCCUAAAGAUUGAAUGCCAGCCAGUUUGAAUUUGAAUUUAGAAUCUUUCUCAGUUCCGUCUCAUGAUGUUUAUGUGCCAGUUUUUUUGAAUUUGGAACCCUUCCUAGUUCCUCAUAUUGAUGUUUUUUUCUCUUGGCUUUCUAAAGAUGCUCGUAACAUGCCAGUUUGAAUUUUAAUUUAGAAAUCUCAGUCCCUCCAGUGAUGUUGAUAACACGCCAGUUUGAAUUUGAACUUUGAAACAAGUUUGAAUAGAUAUUUUUACCAGUUCUAAUGAGGUUUACAAAAGCAGACUUGGUGUGAUGUGAUGUCCCUAAAACAAUAGCAAACUUUUUAAUGUUCCAAGUUAAGUCUGAAGUGUAACCACAUAAAAUAACAUAAAAUAAAUUUUGUUUCCUUAAAUUCAGCCACAAGCUGAGUGAAUAAAGAAUAAAGAAAGAUGCAGGCAUCUCUUAUCACUUGAAUAACCAUAUAACUUGUGUGUAACAAUAUGACGUAUUUAUUAUAUCAAAGUUUUUCCAACUAACAUUUAAAGAAAACGCGCUACUGACCUUAAAAAACUUGUUGUUGUAAAUGUGUAACGUGUUAAAUAUUGUAAAACAGAAACAAGUAGGUCUUAAAAAGUAAGGCGUACUUCUCAAUUGUAAGUCUAAUAUUGUACCUUAUUGUUAUUAGCGUAAGAACCUCACGACGUAAUCUCACUUCGUCUUACUAUCCCUACGGCAUAAGUGUUACUAUCAAAAUUUUUGGAUAUUGAACUUUUCCCUUUUAGUGGCACCUUUCUUAAUACCUUCCUACUUUCCGUUCACGAACUGCUUAGUUGUAUGGUAUUACGUAAACAAUUACAAUUUGAACCUUAAUAUAGUUAGGAUAAUGCGCAGAAUACAAUAAAUCAAUAACGAACAAGCAAUUAAGACCCAUAUUAGCAGCGCUCUAAUGAUUGAAUUCGUAUCAUGCGACUAAGCAUACUCGUGGACAUUUCUCCCUUUCAUAAUCCGAUUGUGCCUGUUACAUUAUAAGAUGUUAAUAACAUGUUGUUAGAAAUAUCCAAUGUAUUUGCCAGUGGAUGUCUAAACUCUAACACUAAGAUCCGUAUUACAGAACGAAGCCCAAAAUUCUAUUCAAUCCAAAGCAUAAAUUGGGUUUAAACGUCAACGUUAAGGCCAAUUUCAAGUGCAGAUUUUUUAGCAUGGAUCGAGUUUUCGGUUUCCUUUCGUAAUAUGGGCCUAAGUGACUGUUAAAUCUUGUUAAAAUAAUACAGUGAAGAGCUUUAGAUGUUCUAAAGAGAUGUGUUCAAUUAUUGGCCAAUUACUAGCCUUAACGGGAGCUGUGAGAUGAAUUUAGUAUCUGACUUAAAUGUUAUGAAGAAUUAGUAAAGUUGACGGAAAAGACAAUGUUAUAGAUCUGCCAUCGUGGUAUUCAUUAAGUACAAUUAUUUAUUUACAUACACAGAAAUUUAUGCAAUGGUAUUUGAAAAUCGUUCUUGUGUCGAUCAAAUUAAAGUACAGAAUUGUUAAAUUGCUGUUCUAUUACGAGAAGGUAAUGUUGGAUUGAUGAAUUGAUGUUAUAUACUCGCGUGGAAAUGUUUAGGGUCGUGUGAAAUGCAGCAGGAGAAUAAUGGCUGACAAUAUAAUGUUGAGUGUAUUAUAAAACGUAUAUUUUAUUAUAGUCUGGUCUGUGAGCACGUAGAAUUUUGUCCAAUGACCCCAAGCUACCCAUCCUUAUUGCUCGCGCGUAAUUAUAUUGCUGUUGCGACUGUGCGACGGGCGCCCGCAGCGAGUGUGCGAGCGCGACGUAGCUUCGGGUCAUUGGACAAAAUUCUACGUGCUCACAGACCGGGCUUUAGUGCUAAGUUUACUAACUCAAACGGUUCAAUAACAUGUCUGUUGUCUGCUUAGUGUAGUGCUAGUGUAAGGAAAUGUUGUAUUCGUCUAACUUUAAAAUAGUUAUUAUGGCUUUUUAAUAUUUUUGUAGUUCAUCAUCACAUGUUUACAUUUAAUUUCUUAUGUAUUAUGAGACACGAAGAUCACAAUCGAAUAUUCAAUGAAUUUAGUGCACUGAUAUUACAAACAAAAUAUUUAUUUCAAUGCGGUGCAAAUGGAUUUUGAUAAAGAAAUUAUUUAACAGGAUGCUUUAGAAGUUUUGCCUUUAGACAAUGUAAUUAUAACAUUCUGUAUAAUACGUUUCGACUUAGCGAUAAUUCGAUUCGUUAGCGAUGUUAUGCGAAAUAUUACAUUGUCUAAAGGCUUUCGAAUUUUAUGAAUCUUCAUUAAAGUUCUGAUAUUAUUUUCGUAGAUUUAUCGACAGACAGUAGACAUGUUAGCGAAAUUAGUGAUUAAGAAAUACUCAUUGGUUCAACUUUAUUGACGCUUUGCCAGAAUUUACUUAACGUUAUGAAGAGUACGUAUUUACUUUGAGUAUUAUGCCGUUAAAUCUCGAACGUUCUAAUGUUAGCACAAAAUUAUUAGCUUUACAUUAACUUUAAUUAUAAGAUGCUCCUGGUUUCUCAUCGGCUAGUCAAAUAUACCAGGCUGUCAUACAAAAACCUGAUUUUGGUUAGUAACAUACAGGGUGUAAGAAGAGGUUGGUGAAAACUUCAACAUUGAGUUCUGAUGCUUUUAGUAUUUUUUCCCGGAAAAUGUUUGACUUUCCAAAUAACAUUUCUGUGGAAUGUCGUAAUCUAGUCUAUGAUAAUUUUUGUUUUAGCUAUGGACAUUAAAGCUAACAAACUAAGAUGUAACAAUAGAGCGUUAAACAUUGAAAAGUGAAAAAAAAAGUGAAUUGAUAAAAAAACGAAAUACUUUGAAUUCCGAAAUACGAGGGUAACGAUAUUUAGUUCGGGACUAACUAAAGCAUAGACUGUGUGUUCACUGUUUCAGUUUUUGCCAACCUCCACCUUCAAUCUUGUAUUCUGACCGUCACUUCAUAAAAAGAUGUCCGAUCGUAUGACUGAUUUGCUUGGCGGAUAAAAAUCCGGGGGCUUAAAGCCUAUUUAUACAUAUUUUUUACAUGUUUUAUCAUAGCUUUAAGAUGUUUAUUCAAGUAUAAGCCUAAUGGUUAAUUUAUAUUCAAUAUUUUAUACAAUAAAAGUUGGUUUUAUGCAUUUCUUAUGAUGUAAUCUCAUAAUUGAAUCUAUGGUUCCGUAAUUUACACCCUAUAUAAAUGUUGUUCAAGUAUUAGCUAAAUAAGGUUUUCUCUUUUUCUGUCUUUGACAUUCCUAUGAUUAUUUGCCUGACAGUAACUGUGCCUGAAGUAAUAUAAGACAAUCUUAAUUAUGAGAUACUAAUGCUUGUAGUAAUUGUAAGCUAUUCAUAAGUUGAUAAUGUCCAUUUACAAUAGAUAAGGAUUACUUAAGAG